AUUUGCUACGCGCGGUAAUUCUCUCGUUCCUCGUGAUUCUUCAUAUCUUCGCACUCUAGGAUCUCGUGUUAUCUCCUUCUAUGACAUUAAAACAAUCAACGAUCACUAUAAAUGUAGAGCUCGAUGCGCCUCUCAAUCUGCAAUAUGCUUCAACGGUGGAGAGCCUAAUCCGAGAAAUUGUGCGGUUUGCAAUUGUCCAUCUGGAUAUGGUGGAGCUCUCUGCAAUCAGAGGGUCAGCUUUAACGCGAGCAGAAAUUUCUAAUCUUUGUUGAAA